CUGAGUUAUAUGCGUUCAAUGUGGAAAUCUCUUGCUCGUUACAAGAUUUGGUGCGUGGUACCCCAAUGUCAUUGAGUGAUAUUCCCUUGGAGUUAAAAAGUUUCAAAACAAAGAUGAUGGAUGCUAUAAGGAAUCUUCUCGGUGUUCCCAUUGCUCCACCUGAUCUAACCCCUACCACCACUCUACACAAUCCUGCACCUACUGACAUAGAAUCUGUGGAGUGUACGGUUGGGGAUUCAGUAAGAGUUCUUGCCGUUGAUGCCGAUGAUGUUUCUGUUGGAGGUAUUGUUAAUGCCUUUCCAUCGGAUCUUGUUGCUGUUGAUACGCACGUCGAUGCACCGGGUAAGGGAGAAGUUGCAAAGGAUCCAGCAUUGAGCAAUAUCAUCAUCACAUGCUUAAUGAAGAUCUAUCAUCAAGUGGGCAUAAUCUUUGGGUCAACAUUUUUUCUCCAGUCUCGAAGCAUGAGUGGGAACCUCCACCUUGAGGACAAGGAUUUGGUUCGUGGACCUCCAAUUGUGCCAAGUCAAAUUCCUUUUGAGUUACACAGUUUCAGAGCACACAUUAUGGGUAUUAUACGGACAGUGACAGGCGCUCCACCUUCUCCCCCAACGUUGCCCCCAAGAUGUGACGGAACCAAACCCGUGCAGUGGUUAGCUACGGUAUGUGAGUAUUUCCAGUUUUAUGAAGUCCCUUUAGUUGACCGUUUGAACCGUGUGACAUCACUGUUAGAGGGCUCUGCCUUGGCUUGGUUUAAUUGGCGUAUGCGUGGCGGCUUGAUUGAUGGUUGGGAGGAUUUUGUUAAAAAGUUCCAAAUACGAUUUGCUCCGCUACAUAAUUUGGAUUAUGUUUGUUUUGAGAAGACAUCAGAGAAGUCUAGAGACACAUUUGCCCACAUGGUGGAAAACGCCAACACACUCCCCGCCUCGACUGUGGAGGACACAAAUGAACUAAAGGAAUUAAGCGAGGAAUCUUUCAUCAAGGAGGACAAUGAUAGCGGGUCUGACAUCAUUGACAAUGAUGGUGGUGUAAUUGAUGGAGAUGAUGUUGCCACUAUUACAAGUGAUAAGCUAUCCUACAAGCCAGAUUCUACACCUCGUGAAUUACAUGUGUCACUAAAUGACCUAAUGGGGGUAGAAAUUGCAAAGUAUGACGUUCUAGAAUGUGUCAACAAGGUGGUUAGUGAACAUUGUAACCAAGCGGCCCAAUUAAUUUCUUUGGAUACCAUCAGGUUGUUUGAUUUUGUCAAGUCUGAGCAUCUGAUCUCGAAGAAAAUGAUUCGACGACGAUGUGGUCUUCACUUUUAUUUAUGCCUAUAUACUUCACCUGAGAAGCUUCUUGAAGACUGGUCAACAAAUGGAUGUCUCUUUUGGUUCAUCACGUUCUCACAUAUCCAAAAGCAUGAGUGGGAUCCUCCACCUUGAGGACAAGGUGGUUUUCUAAGGGGGUGGGAAUGAUACGGAAGAAGAAAUACAUUAUUUAAUUAGUUAUUUAUUAAUAUAGUUAUUAUGUUUGG